UUUCCAUGUACAAGGAUGCUUUGCCAUGACUGAAUUGUGACUUAAUUCUUUAUGUUUUGUGAAAUGAACCAAUAAAAUGCUAUUCUGUUAAAUAUAAUAAUUACUUUGUACAUGUGCAGUACGUGGUUCCUAAAUAGUCAGAUGUACCGCUCUUUCCACUGACCUGAAGCAUCCAGGAUGUGUAAAACAAUGUCUGUACAUCAGCUAACAGACAAUCUGUUUUGCUUCAUGUACAACGUCAGCAACUAGUAAACCACAAAUGUUUUAUAUGUUGUAUUUUAGGUCCCCUGUCUCCAACCACUACUUUGUGAAACACCAAACUGCUGAGAUGAGCAGUACAUUUCAGAGAUAAAGUGACCUACAUAAACAUCCUAAUCUGCAGGGUUUUACUGGCAGUUCUGUCACAGCAACAAAAAGGGCUGUUUGAAUUACAAUGGAUCGCAGUGUAAGCAGACCACACAGGAAUUACUAAGCCUGCCUUUUGUUUUAUCUCAACUCCAUAAAACAUAAAUCAUGAUAAAUAUAAAAUAAGUAAGGCAAGUAGUUGAGGUGAACAGUGUUGGGGAGCUUAAUAACUUCCCAGCAGUUUAAAAACAUAUUUAAAAAUUAUUAAAUUAAUCACUCAGUCAUAAUUGAUGUGUGUUAGCUCAAGGGAAACACUUGGUCUCACUUCCAUGAAAGGAGUGGCGCUGCAGCAAAGGCGGAGGAGCUGUUGGGCCUCGGUCAAAUAUGCAGGGUGUCUGUAUCCAGUAAACAGAAGUUUACAAGUGUUCAUACCUAAAUGACAUCACAAGUGGUUAGUCAGUAUCUUCCAAAACAACUCAUACAGUAUGAGUGCUUCCUGAUCUACCACCUCUAUGGUUAAGAUACAUCAAGUUAGAGCCCCAGAAAAUGCAGUUUUAAAUUUCAGGUAUUUCUCUAUGACAUUAGAGCUGCUUAAAUCAAUAUUUUUUUAUAUGAACAGUGUCUCAAAUUACUAUGUGUAAUGUGAAAGGGGUCACUCAAACCUACAUAUUAUUAUCACCCGACUCUGAGUUUCCCCUCAGCUCCAACAAGCGUAUUAGCGUUUUUCAGCUCAUUGUUUUGAUUUUCAGAUCCACUACUAUACGGUAUUGUUUUUGUUCCCUCUCACCAUCAGCUUUAUUUCCAACAACAUGUUCCCUUUUAUUUUUCAAAUUCCCCCCUUUUCUCACUUCUUGGAAAGGUUCCCACGGUUGCCAGUGCAGUGCAGGGCAAGCCCAGUAUACCUAGUUAUUACGUUCAUUGGCAAUGCAGGAAGUGGUGUGCCAUUAGGGAGGCAGAGAGUCAGGGUGGUGGAUUUGCAUGUAACAUAUCUGAGACCGUCAUGGAGCAGACCGGAGUUGGCAUCUCAAAACAGCCCUGCAAUUAAUGUUUGCCCUUUUAUCAACCAUAACAGCGAUCUUUCCCUAACCUCAACCAAGUGUUUUAGUUGCCUGACCCUAACCACACCUUAACCAUAGUUUAUUUGCAAUAACCACAAUCUUUCCCCAGCCUUAAUCAGAAUCAGAAAUACUUUAUGUAUGCCAUUUCAGAAAGCAAGAAUUUCAAGAACAUUUUCACUGAAGAUAAUCUGGUGUUUUGCAAAAUUAUCCAAUAAUGAUGUUCUUUUUUGACGAUGGCAGAGCCGUGUGUCUCCUCCAGUACACUGUGUUUGAGGUGUCUCACAUGACCAACCAACCAACCAUCCAACCAUCCAACCAACCAACCGGAAGGAGUCUUCAAUGCAACAACAAGGGCAUGAUUCCUCACUGGCUUCCCACCCACAUACUGCCAAUUGUUCUUUCUCACAGCUGCACAGAUAUUUGACUUGAGUAAAUUCUGUAACCAUGGAAACACAAAUCACAAUACAUCUUGACAAAAAGAAAAAAUAUCACAUUUGACCCAUUUUACAAACAGUAGGAAAUGUCCUGGAAAUGCUGAGGUGAGUUCAUAAAAAACAAUAUAAACAGGCCUUCGUGGUCAGUUUGGUCACUUACUGUAAAAUCCAGAGUGAAUAGAGUAAAUACACUCACAAAUAAAAAUUGGAUGAUGUCCGGGAGGAUGCACUUAGUGUAUUAAGAAUUUUAACUUCCCACUCACAUUAUUGGAUUUUGCAGAUCAUUGCAAUUAUGAUCCACACAGCAACCGCAGCAGCUCAUGAAACUGAACUCAACUCAAUCACCAUUUGUUGCCUACCACCUCUAGAUGCAGACAGUCAGUAUUUUUAGUUGUAAUCUGUCCACCUAUAUUUGAAUGUGCUGCUUAUGUCGAAUUUGAUUCACUUGUUGAUAAAGGCAGUUUCCUUAGCAUGUUUGAUGUAUUAUUAAGUGCCGUGAUUGUGGAAAGUAUGUCUUGCAGAAACAAUAAGACGUCAAUCACUGUGCAAUCAAUAAACAGUUAAGUGGCUCCAGGCAUUGGCUGGCUACUUCAGAGAAUUUAAGAUGGGAAUACUCAGAAACUACAAAUGCACUUUCAAUAUCUCUCAGACGGGUCAAAAUACUUAUUGCAGCUUUCUGCCACUGCAAUUAUUCUGGCACUUAAUGCGCCAUCAAGCUAAUACAGUAAUAAUUCUCUGAUCAUGUAGUCAGUGGUGUUGAUACAGACAGCUCCUGAGUGCAAUCGAGGCUAAACUUUUGUCUAACCACUAAAUGAGUUACAGAUGAAUUAUCCUGCCCUUCCACCGCACAGGGCUUUCAACUGCAAAAAUGAGUAUGCCCAUUUCCACUGCAGUAUCCGCACUCCAUUUACAAACUAUAAAUCACACUCAUUAGCAACAUACACAGGAAAUGUUCUGGAAUCAACCAAAAUCCUCCAUCAUCAGUCAAGAGGGAUGGCGUUGGUUGACCCAUGUAUCUUUAUAUGUCUCUUUGCUUUAACACCUUCUACCAUCUGAUCUCCGGUUGUUCCUGACUUGUUUCUACAGAACAGCUGCACCAAACUAAACAAAUUGCUUAACAAGGCUGCAACUUAAAUGACACAUUCAAUAAAGUGAUCUGGUCCUGCAAGACUCCACACCUCACUUAUUAAAGUGUUCCUCCAUGUAAACCCAUGUCAAAAGGUACAAGAUUGUUGACAAGUACUUCUCAGGUUCCAGUAUACACAUGCGGUUAGAGUAGAACAGGUUCUGUAUUUGUGUAUUUGCAGGUAGAAUAAGCAAUUACACGCAACUGGGACAGAAGUAUGAGAUGAGAUGACAGGUCUGUAGGUGCCUGCAAAAUUGAGAGUAAGAGUAGGACUAAGAUGAAUUCAGGCAAAUGUUUUAAUCCAUAUUAAUGAUGUCCAGAACAACCAGAUAACAAGAGCACAACUUUCAGUGUUGAUGCACCUCUCUUUUCUUUACCCUCACUUUUCCUUCAUGUACUGUAAAUGUGCGGCUGCGUGGUUGAUGAUGUCAUUGGGCUUGAUGCUGUUGCACUGCACAGUAGACGAGAAAGACCAGUCCUACUUUGAAAAGCCUCCCAACAACUAAGGGGCUGAGGAGGCAGCCACCUGCCACAGUGUCGUCCCACUUCUGCUGUGACAUCUGGCAGACGAGGCAGAGAGGCGGAGGAGACAAACACUGACUGAGGCAGCGCUGCUGUUGUGCACACCUACCAGGAGAGAAGAUCAAUAGACUGGCCGCACUACUCUGACACCACACAGGAAUUUAGUGCAGCUACAGGUGUGACCACAAAUGGAGCAAGUGAAUCUGACAUACAGCGUAGAAAGCAACUCUACUGACUGUCCGUCCAUUGAUGACUUCCGUAACCAGGUUUACUCCACAUCCUACUCCCUCAUCACUGUGUUAGGCUUGGUUGGGAAUGGCUUCGCUCUGGUGGUGCUGAUCAGAACGCAUCGCCAGAGCUCACCCUUUCAUGUCUACAUGCUGAACCUGGCUGUUUCUGAUCUGCUGUGUGUCAUGACGCUGCCACUGCGCGUUCUCUACUACGUCAACAAGGGCCAGUGGAACCAGGGGGAUUUCCUCUGUCGUAUCAGCUCCUACGCCCUCUAUGUAAACCUCUACUGCAGUAUUUACUUCAUGGCUGUCAUGUCCAUCACACGUUUCUUGGCCAUCGUUUUCCCUGUGCAGAACAUGCGGCUGGUGACAGAGAACCGUGCUCGCCUGGGGUGUGUCGGUGUCUGGGUGUUUAUCUGUCUUUCAUCCUCACCAUUCCUGAUGUCUGGCCAGUAUUUUGACCCCAUAACAAAUAAAACCAAGUGCUUUGAGCCUCCAGAAAGAGACAGCGAUUUGCAGAAACUAAUCAUACUGAACUAUUUGUCUCUGGUGCUGGGCUUUCUCCUGCCUUUCCUGGUCAUCCUGCUCUGCUACGCUGGCAUAGUCCACACCCUGCUGUCCCGCACCCAUGCUGCCCGACGCCAGCGGGGCACAGGUACCAGAGCCAUCCGAAUGAUUGUCAUCGUCCUGCUGACCUUCCUAAUCAGCUUCAUGCCAUACCACGUGCAGCGCACCAUCCACCUGAGCUCCCUGUCCCAUAAUGGCACCUGCUCAGAGCGGGUUGCCAUGCAGAAGUCUGUGGUGGUGACACUGUGCCUGGCUGCUUCCAAUUCAUGCUUUGAUCCACUGCUUUAUUUUUUCUCUGGAGAGGGUUUCCGCAGUCGCUUGUCCUCUCUGCGCCGGUCAAUGACAAACAGCACCGCCAUUGACCGCCGCAGGGAGCCUGCAGCCAGGCUGAGGCCCAUCACAGGCUCAGAGUGUGUGGAAAACCACCAGCUGAAGGCCAGUUAAUUUACACCAGGCAUGAGGGUCAUCAAACAAGCAGCUUAGGAUAUGUUUUAAGAGCUUUGGAUGGCUUGUGCCCUCAUUAACAAACAGGGAAGGAGUUGAGAGAAACAUAAGAAGAAGAUGAGAGGCAGAAGAAAAGUUUUACAACGGAGGGUGAUAUGAAGUAUGUAAGUAUUUAAACAUUUAAGUUACAAGUCUCAGGAGGAUGUUUUCCAUUAAAAUUGCUAUUUAUUAUUCUAAAGAGUGAAUAUUGCUCAAUACUUAAGUGAUGUUGUUCUGUAUUAUUAUUAUGACAGUAACAAGUAGCCUAUUGUGUCCCAAAAGUUACUGUGGAAACUGUGGAAUUACGAGUACAAAUACACAGUAUAUCAAUGUAUGAAUGUAUUGUAGAUAAUGUUGAGCUAUGUAUUUUUAUGUGGCUUGUCUUCAAGAAGCUUGAGUCUUGUAUCGCACAACCUGCAUAAGUGUUUAUCAAGAAGGGCUAAACUCUGCUGACUACUAUAGACCUGUACUUAUCUUGACUAUAUUCUUCUCCUUAUUUUUUUAUCGCUGAUAUUUUUAGCAUUUUUGUGGCAAUGUUAAUGUUGCAAUGGCUAUAACCUUUUUUCAUUAUUCAUUGGAUUCAUAUUUGUUGUUUUUGUGUUAUUGAUUUUUCUCUGUGUAUGUUUUGUGUAGUAAAUAAGAAUGUUUAUUUGUUCAUUUUUUACCUUUUACCAUGUCGAAGAUACACUUCCUGAUUUUCUGUACUGUAAUCUGAGUUUCAAAACAUCAACAGUUAGCUGGAAGGAAAUUCUGGGAUUCGGGAGUGUACCUUUAAAGCAGUAGUUUGACAUUUUGUGAAAUACGCAUAUUCGCUUUCUUGCGAAGAGUUAGAUGAUAAGAUCAAUGCCAUUCAUAUUUGUACGGUAAAUAUGAAGCUACAGCCGGCUUAGCUUAGCUUAGCACAAUGGCUAAAUAAAUAAGGGGAAACAGUUUGCCUGGCUCUGUCCAAAGGAAACAAUAUCUGCUACAAGCACCUCUAAAGCUCACAAAACGUUGUAUGUAGUUUGUUUAAUCCGUACAGUUUGUGGUUUGUUUCCAUGGUUUCCAGUCUUUAUGCUAAGCUAAGAUGCUGGCUGUAGCUUCAUAUUUACUGUACAGACGUGAGAGUGGUGUCGAUGUUCUAAUCUAAUUCUUAGCAAGCAUAUUUCGCAAAAUGUCAAACCAUUCCUUUUAAACACCUGAAAUGUUUCUACUGUAUUCCUGUUGUAUGGAAACUAUAUUUCAUGUUAUGUAUGAUAACUCCAUUAAUAAAUCAUCCAGUAUGUGUCAGUUCAGUA